AGGUUGAUAGGUAAUGUAGUUGACAUGGGUAAUGUUCUAGGUUGAUAGGUAAUGUAGUUGACAUGGGUAAUGUUCUAGGUUGAUAGGUAAUGUAGUUGACAUGGGUAAUGUUCUAGGUUGAUAGGUAAUGUAGUUGACAUGGGUAAUGUUCUAGGUUGAUAGGUAAUGUAGUUGACAUGGGUAAUGUUCUAGGUUGGGAUAUAUAAUCUAGUUGACACUGGUAAUGUUCAACAAUAUUUUCCCCCUUAGUACAGUAUGGGAGUGCUUCUUUUUGCGACCCCAUAAAAAGUUGAGCGUGACUACCUUAUUGCCUUAGUAAUAAAAGUAUCCGAUUUCCCGAGUCGUGUGAUGCUGUGCAGUGAUGUGUAAGCAGUGUUGGUGAGCAGAGUCCACAGGAGGGUUCACUGGUUUCUGCUCCAGACAGAACAGGAGUACUAUCACACCAGACUGAGAAUUGAAAGGCUUUCAGACCAGACUGGUCUUGAGUGAGAGGUUGAUAAAGGAAGCGGCUGGAUCUAAAUCCUGGGGAACAAGGGUUAAAGACAACAUGCCAUCAGGGCGGAUGAUCAAGCUGGUGGUGUACGAGGUGUUACAGGUCGCUUGUCUCAGUGUUCCAAUAUUCGUGGUGAUGGAGAGGUUUGCUUCCCUGAUGCUCCAUGUCAGAGGAGAUCUGACUGCCUAUUGGUUGGUGGUAGCAGCUUCCAUAGCCUACGUUACCUCUGUAUCUCUGCUGGUCUGGGUUCCACUCCGGUACCUUGUCCUCAAGCAGCGCACGGUCAUCACAGACAUCACGCAGUGGAGACCAACAACAUUGGCCUAUGUGAUUCUGUGCACGUUACCAUGCUUCUCUAUUCUGAUCGCCGGUUCCAAGGUGCAGGUGGAUAAGGGACCCCAGUACAGACAGGACCACUUCUCUGAGCUGCCCGCCUCUCUUGUGCUCUUCUCUCUCAUCUGUGUGGAUAUCAUCGAGAGGAUCCGGCCGUGCUGCCUCACUGGGCAAGCAGACCGUAUGGAAAUGGAUCUGGACAUGCCGGGUCCUGUUCUGACCCACCUGGAGCAGGUGAACAGCGUGUCGGGUCAACUGUACUAUGAGAGGGGUCAGAACGGGGUGUUGGGGAACGGCUCGGCUACAGGGAGGUGGAGGGACCAGGAAGCAGUCGGCUCACGACCAACCAGCACGGCCUACCUGUACUCCUCGUCACACUCCCACUCUGGCCCGCUCCGUGUCCUGUGGUCCCAGGAUAUGAGGUCAGAGGUGUUUGUUCACAGCUUCCUGUUCUGGAUGGAUGUGGUGGAGCUGGUGCGCGUGGCGGGGAUUCCAGAUGUGUUUUACUCUGGCUGGGUGUUUGCUGUCUACAUCCUGGCAUUUCUGUCCUGUCUCCGUCUGGCAGUGACGCCUCACAGCGCUCUACUGCCAUCAGCUGGCUUUUUCCUGCAGGAUCUGCCUUUCCUGCUGCUGCGCCUCGCUCUGAUCUCUGUCCACGGCUACAUCACACCGCUGCUUUACCCAAUGAAGAACCUGUUGGUCUGCCUGACAUUCACCUACUUCAACUUCCUGACCAAGCUCCGCCUCUUCCGCAGAGAGAGCAUGUUCUAGUCUUGCCCACCAGCCAGCUCUCUCUGUCGAGAAGUCUGGUUCCACAACGCCUCAGAACUGGACUUGACGGGGAGUCUAUGGCAGGAGCAGUGAAAACAGGAGUGGUGUAAAGUACUUUUUGGGUAUCUGUACUUUUAUUUACUAUUUAUAUUUUGGACAACUUUUACUCCACUACAUUCCUAAAGAAAAUAAUGUACUUUUUACUCCUUUCAUUUUCCCUGACACCCAAAAGUACACAUCACAUUUUGAUUGCUUAGCUGCAAAGGAUAAUUGUCUAAUUCAUACACUUAUCAAGAUAACAUCCCUGGUCAUCCCUACUGCCUCUGAUCUGGCAGACUCACUAAACACAAAUGCUUCGUUUGCAAAUUAUAUCUGAGUGUUGAACUGUGCACCUGACUAUCCGUAAAUUUAAAAAACAAGAAAAUCGUGUUGUCUGGUUUGCUUAAUAUAAGGAAUUUUCUAUUAUUUAUACUUUUACUUUUGAUACUACAUUUAAAACCAAAUACUUUUAGACUUUUACUCAAGUAAUAUUUUAUUGGUUGACUUUCACUUUUUUACUUGAGUCAUUUUCUAUUAAGGUAUCUUUUUACUUUUGCUCAAGGAUGAAGAUUGGGUACUUAUUCCACCACUGGUAAACAGUCCGUUUUAACUGGCUGAUCGCUCAGUCCAUCACCAUCUAGCAGAACCCUUUGAACUUUACAAUGUAGGGGGAGGUUCUAUGUGCCAAGCAGAGCAAGUGAUUUAAACAACGAAGUGAUUUAGGAAAAUCUGAAAGUAUGCAUCUUAGAAUUUUUUUCACAUAUAAACUGUAUAUGCCCGAACACAGAAUCAGUUGAGCUUCCCAAAAAUAAAUGUGAUCGAACACUUUGCCAUUUCUCAAAUUCCCAUUAUACAGCUGUAGCCGGCUCGCUCCCUCUCACGCCUCGAUUUUAACUACACCCCUUUCAAGUCUUUGUAGCACAGUGUUACCAGGCUCUAUAUGUCAGCAAAUCGAGCCUGGGGACAAGGUUAAGUUCUGAAGAGACGACAUCAUCAGGAUUCACUGAGUUGUUAUUGGUUUUUAUACCAUAGAGGAAGACAUUAGGGCUAGCCCAUGUCCCCUAGGGCUAGGGAGUGAACAUUAUUUAUAAUAAGGGUUACAUGGGGAAAAUUGGACCUCUCUGAAAUGAAAAUGGAUGCCCUGCCUGAACCAUCCCCUAUACCCAAAAAUAAUGUCUACAAUUUACCCUCACUUCUUGGACCUUAGAGAUGUCGUUUUAAAAACGGUUCUUUGUCCUGUAAGCAUUACAUGGCAAAGCGAUAAUUUUGAUAGUGCAUGGGGUUGCAGACCACCGUAGACAAGAGUAGGGGUGGGAAGAUUUCAUUUAAAGUAGAAGCUAUCAGAUUAAUCUAUCGUAUUUGCAGCACCGAGAAAUAAUUACGUUUCAUUAACAUUCCAUGCAAUUCUAUGUAAUUUAACAUAUUAGCAUAACCUUUUUGUCAUACCACAAAUUACUGAAAUUACAGACUGAAAUAGGCUGAUGUGUUCAUCUUAACAUAUUUCUCCAAUGCCAAAGUGUGCCUUGUUUGCAACAAAAUGAUCCUCAGUUGAAAAUAGUUCAAUCUGAGACGUCAUUAGGAAUCUGAGCAUGGUACUUUCAUACGUUAAGCCUACAUUCCACCCCAGACAGAGUAGACCUACCUUUCCACCCCAGACAGAGUAGACCUACCUUUCCACCCCAGACAGAGUAGACCUACCUUUCCACCCCAGACAGAGUAGGACCUACCUUUCCACCCCAGACAGAGUAGACCUACCUUUCCACCCCAGACAGAGUAGACCUACCUUUCCACCCCAGACAGAGUAGACCUACCUUUCCACCCCAGACAGAGUAGACCUACCUUUCCACCCCAGACAGAGUAGGACCUACUUUUCCACCCCAGACAGAGUAGUCCUACCUUUCCACCCCAGACAGAGUAGACCUACCUUUCCACCCCAGACAGAGUAGGAUCUACCUUUCCACCCCAGACAGAGUAGGACCUACCUUUCCGCCCCAGACAGAG